AUGUGGCACCAUGUCUACCCGCACUGGCACAAGGCAGCCCAACGCUGCUUCUCCUUCAUCGCCGUCGUCCUCCUCAUCACCCUCCCCGUGGUCUACGGCAAACACCACUCCAUAUCCUCAAAAGUUCUGGGCUCCGUUCUCGGCGUCUUCUUUGCCAUCUGGAUCGCCUUCUCUCUUAUAGUCCGUUUCCUGGUCCCCUCACCGGUUGUCGAGUCCACCCUCCCCAUCUAUACCCACUCCCCUAUCCCCGACCCCGUCGUUCUCUACUCCCCAACCCGUUCAGACGCAACACCUGCAGCACCCGCCAUCCGUCUUCAUCCUUCCUCAGCAGCUACUCCACGAGCCCCGGGACGAACAGGAGGAGCCCGGUUUGCGGACGAUCCCGUUGACGUUGACGCUGCUGCUGAAGGAACAGGAGGAGCGAUCCGAAAUAACGUCACUUUCCAGACCCGUCCUCGAGGCAACACUGCGGAUUCGACAAGCUCGUUUGCAUACCCUACCUUUGCAGCCUAUCGACAGGCACAGCAUGUCAACUUUGAUGCCUUUGCUCAGCGUGUGAAGCGGGCCUUUGCGCUUUCGCAGCAGCAACAGCAGGAGCAGCAGAGGGAGCUUGAGGAACAGGAGCUGCAGAAACAGCAGCAACAGCAGGACGAAGAGCUGGACGAACUCAAACAACAACAGCAACAGCACCCCCUAUCCUUGGAUCAGCAGCGACCAACCAACUCGAGGAGCAAUUCAACCUCGGCAGUACCUUCUUCCACUCUAGCCACCAACGCACCAGCAACAGGAACACGAUCACGCUCCUCGUCUGCUGCGAGCAUGAUGAGUGACUUUGCGGAACGACUCAAGACCGGGAAACUGUUUCGACGGGCUUCGAACCUCUCUCUCAGGACGACUGCUGUUGCCAAUGCUGCUGCUUCUGAGGCUGCUGGUGUGAGCAGUAGUACGCUUUCUAAACGGCCAAGUAAUCAACAGCUCAAGGACAGCAACAAUACUGCGGGCGAUGCCGAGCUGUUGUCAUCACCGCUGGCACCGUUGGGGAUCGAGAUUACGGUUACCCCCUCGGAGGACGAUCACCCGUCCACCGGCAACGCUCAUACUCCUACAACAACAACAGCAACAGCAAAAGCAACGGCAACGGCAACAACAGGAUCCGCUCCCGCCAUCCCCGCCUCUGCCGCAUCGAGCCUUUAA